GGUAAAACAUAAUCAGAUUUACUCGUGAAGAUGACAACAGCAUGUCACAAAUCCGAAAAUCAGCUUCUUUCCGGUCAAGGAUACCAGUAAGACGAACACGCCUAACACACCAACGGUGCUGCAGUCCUCAUAUGCAUGACUUCGAAAGCACAACCCAAAGAAACUUGCAGUUGAGAACCAAUAGUAGUUUUGCAUUCGAGAAGAAUUCAGUGGGCAGUAAGCAACAUUUUCAUAUUCACAGCAAUAAGAAAAAUUGUUCUUGUUGCGUUAACGAUCUCGAAUAUUCCUCCUAUUCUAGUAGUGAUGAAAGUUAUGAAUCUGAAGAUACUCAUGAGAAAACAGUAAAACAAAAUAUAAUACAUCCGAUAGAUGAUUUUAUGUACGUAUCAACAGAUGCUAUAUCUCUUGAUGGUUUGUUGGAUACUGUAAGCUGUGGAAGUAAUUUUUCUAAUCCGCCUUCUCCAGUUGAAUAUAAGAAUGCGAAAACGCAAUUAAAUCACAAUUUGUCAUCAUAUGAAUCCUUAGAUAAAUUUAAACUUAAUGAUGAUCUAAUGAAUUUAGAUAACUCAUUUAAGUUUAAUAAAAUACAGAAAAAAAUAAAAAACAAUUCAAAUUCUAACGAAAAACCACAACAGCAGUUCACCCGUCAAACUCAUUCGAAUGCAACACAAUCCGUCAUGGCCUCAGAAGAAUUGAAGCAGAACUAUAACGAAAAGCAGAGACAGUUAAGUGACUGGUAUUAUAUAAAAUCUAAAAAUGUAUCUACGGAUGAUGUAACGAAUGCUCAUAAGCCACUUGAUAAAUCAAAUGGCAAUAAUUUGAGUUCCCCAAUUACAAGUAGAUGCGAGAAUAAUCGCAUUAGAAGUGCUGGUAUCAAAUAUAUGACGCCAGUAACGUCAACCAGCCAUGCACAGUCAUUACCCAGGUCAAGUAGUGGCAGUGCAACCCCAAGUUCCAGUAAAAAAUGGAAUAAUUUUGAUGCAUUGCACAGUUACGAAAACGUGCGAAUACCAAAAAUUGAUGAUGUGUACAAUAUACCGCGAGAUGCGAUUGACCGCAGAGCUGUUGGAAGCACUGCAGGUGUUAAUAUGCUUGCGAGUGAUAAAGGCGAUGCAAGGUGCAAUGUUAAUUCCUCGUUACCGCGUGAAUAUGUUAAUUUGAAAUCAAAGCUUAAAACUCCACCGUAUCAGUGUCCACCCGACUACAACAAUCCUCCAACAUAUGAUAUAAUUGAGCAACAACAAACGCGCAACGUACUAAAGCAACAGCACAUGAACUCGCUCAACAUUGAACCAGAAACAGAUGCCUUAAGCAAGGUUAAUGUAAAAUUAUUAAAGCAACAAUACCAACAGCAGCAACAACACAAAACACCAACCACGACACAAAUUUUAAAUACACAGACUGAAUAUGCGAAUACACAACCAAGUAGUGGACGGCGCGGGGCGGAUUGCAGCAAUAAGUACAACAACAACAUCGUUGAAUUGCAAUUACGGCAUUGGGAAAAUAUAAGUAGUAAUGGUGUAAAUAACCAAAAUAGAAUGCUUGACAAUCUGACAUUGUUGUCCUGUCAUGAGCAGCAGCAACAAAGACAACAAUUACAGCAACAGCAGGACCAACAGCAGCAGCAACAACUACACUCACGGUUUCGAAAUAAUUCUAACAAUUGCGGUGAUGGCGCAGUUGUGAACAAGUACAAUAGCAACGAUUAUAUAGAGCUAAAACAACAACCAAAUUGUAAUGAGUUAAAUGUAUAUCGCACACAGCAAAAUCAAUAUGGCUUACGUCAAUUGGAUCUCUCCUUACUGUCUCAACUAUGGGCGCUUAACGAUUCCAUACAGGAAUUUCGCACUAUAAUACAAGAACAAGAUCAAGAAGAUUCGUUCUCACAUUCUCCGUCGCCCGCAUCAUAUGACUCAGCCUCUUCGGAAGGUGAUGAUGAAAUGCUAGCCGCUCAACGUAGUGCUGGUGCGAUACCAAAAAUCAUAACAACGCAACCAAAAUUAAAGAAAUCAAAUUCCAGUAAAUCUGCAAAUAUGGACAGAAAUCGUCCCAUUUCACCAACUUUCACAACUCAACUAAAUUCCGCAGAUACACAAACACAGGCAAACAAGGCAAAUUUAAAUAUGCCAUUUUAUGCCACAGCAAUACAGUCGCAAUGGCAACCUCAGCAACAACAACAACAGAAGCCGCCAAUACCGAAACCACUCGAUUUGAAACCAGUGCCACGCAUGCGCAGCGCACCGCCACCACCACCUACAGUUCGGAAAGCAGCAGCACCGCCACGCCCUACAUGA